ACACCACUCGCUCAGUCACGUUACCACCUCGCCCAAUGGAGCGUGCCGCAGCGGUCCUGCUGGACGUGAAGACAUAUGGCGCCACCAUAGCACUUGCCAUCGCAUACUUCACCUUUGUGCUCCUGCUGCGAGGCGACGCAGAGAAGGCGGUGGACUUUGCAGUGCCGCCUCCUGAACCCUGCUCGCCGGGCUGGAAGGGGAAGACGCUGCCCGAGCCAUCCAUCAAGGUGCCCGGCUCGACCGCUAUACAAUGCUAUGCGCCAGCCACGGGCCAAUAUCUUGGACUUGUCAACCCUUCUUCACCUGAUCGGAUUGACAGAAUCAUCUCUCGUGCUGCCGAAGCACAAAAGUCAUGGAGCCAAACCACUUUUGCUCAGCGCCGGCAAGUGCUGAAGACACUACUGAAAUACCUACUUGACAAUCAAGAAGAAAUUAUUCGCGCAGCAUGUCUCGACAGUGGAAAGACUCGCGUCGACGCUCUGUUCGGCGAAGUGCUCGUCACCGCCGAGAAGCUCAAAUGGACCAUCGAUCAUGGCGAGAAGUCAUUGCGACCUGAUCGAAGGCCGACCAAUUUCUUGAUGUUCUACAAGAAGAACGAAGUGCGUUAUGAGCCUCUGGGAGUCGUUGCAGCUUGUGUGAGCUGGAAUUACCCCUUUCACAAUCUGCUUGGCCCGAUCAUCAGCGCUCUGUUCUCUGGUAACGCAAUCGUUGUCAAAGGCAGCGAACAGACAGCUUGGUCGUCAAACUACUUCAUUGAGAUCGUCCGCGGCGCUCUGAAAGCCUGUGGCCACAGUCCUGAUGUCGUCCACACUUUCUCCUGCUGGCCACAAACCGCCGACUACUUUACGUCUCAUCCUGGCAUUGCUCACCUGACGUUCAUUGGCAGUCGCCCGGUGGCUCAUGAAGUGGCCAAGAGUGCAUCGAAGGUCCUGACACCGUUGUGCAUCGAGCUUGGAGGCAAGGAUCCUGCCAUGAUUCUGGAUCAUCCUGAUGGACGAACCAUGUCAAGUGCGGAAAUCGAAAGAGUUGCGAGCAUCAUCAUGCGAGGGGUAUUCCAGUCUGGAGGGCAGAACUGCGUGGGCAUUGAGCGCAUCAUCGCCAUGCCUGGCGCGUAUGCUACACUCAUCAAACUGCUAGAGCCACGUAUCCGCGCAUUGAGGCUGGGCAACGACCUGGACCCGGACCGAGCUGAAGGAGAUGCCGUCGAUGUCGGAGCCAUGGUCUCGCCUGCUGCAUUUGAGCGCCUCGAACAGCUGAUUGCGGAAGCGAGGGCGCAAGGUGCACGGGUGGUCGUGGGAGGACAUCGAUACCGCCAUGAGAAAUACCCACAAGGCCAUUACUUCACGCCAACGCUAAUUGUUGAUGUUACGGCAUCGAUGAGGAUCGCACAAGAAGAGCUAUUCGGCCCAGUCUGUCUCUUCAUGAGGGCAAAAGACGUAGAGGAUGUCAUUGACAUCGCCAACAACACCGAGUAUGGCCUUGGUGCCAGCGUGUUUGGACCCACUGGGUCGAGUGGAGCACAACGCAUCCUCACGCAUGUGACAAAUGCAGUCAAGGCCGGCAUGGUAGCGGUGAAUGACUUUGCCGCGUAUUACGUUGUGCAGCUGCCAUUUGGGGGCGUGCGUGGCUCUGGUUAUGGUAGGUUCGCCGGCGUAGAAGGGCUCAGAAGCCUUUGCAAUGCCAAAUCGGUGUGUGUGGACAGAUGGCCGGCGUUGAUCAAAACCGCUAUACCCGCGAAUCUGGAUUACCCGAUGCGGCCAAAUGCGUGGCAUGUUUCACGGGGUGUUGUCGAAGUGGGAUACGGCGAGACUCUGCAGCGCAACUGGCGCGGAAUACGAAAACUGGCGGGAAUCUGAUCGCGUGACUUUGCCAGAUACCGACAGGCUCAUAACAACACUUACUGAAUGAAAUUUGAUGCUGUGAUCGAUGGUGUGGCCACUGUCGUGGAAGAGACCGACUGCAGUGCUGUUGGGAGCUGCUUGGACAGCAAAGCAGGCUGCAUACAUGACUCGCCCAAUCAGAUUUUCGCCCGUAUCUCACAUGCCUUCACUCCAUACGCACCUCCAGGUCAGUAGGCAC